AUGUGCCCAUUCGGCCAUUUGGGCUAUCAUUCAAUGAAAACAUCAAAGCUUACGGCUUUAAACGAUCAAGGAAAAUCAUCGGUUGUAUCAGAUAGAGUUUCCACAUCAAUUACAAUGGUAGGACCUGGUGAUCAUUGUAAUUGGACAAUGGUCUGUGGUAGUGGUUCAUCGUGUAUAAUUGGUAGAUGCAUUUGCUCACCUGGCUAUAUACUUAA